AUGCGAAGCGAUCGCUCUACCAUACCCCUCUUCUUCAAAAUUCGGCGGUUGUCCACAAUGGAGGUGAGGGAGGCGUUCGAGAUCCAGCAGACAGCGAGUUACAUCGUGACACAUGGCUUCUCGCGCGUGUGCCUUCAGUUCCCCGACUCGCUCCUCCCGCACGCCGUCUCCGUCCACGACGCGUUAAGAGCUGAAUGCGCCGCGCUCCUUAGCAGCCAGCAUCAUGGUGCUUAUAUCGGGGACAGUGAGACCGAGCCGCUACCUGAGGCUCCACCUGGCACCACCCCCGAGGCUAAUGUCGUCGAUUCACGUCAAGAGAUUGCAUCCCAGAGAACGAGCGAUCUGCCCGAGAGCAAUCAACAUGAGAGAAAAGAGCAUGGGUCUGGGUUUCCGGGUUUUACGGAGGGUCAAGGAAGGAAGCAGUCGGAGGAGGCAGGUAUAGCUGGACUGGAAGCGCAUCCGCCGCCGCCGCAACUUGCGGCGAGCCAGUCGGCGGGACAUGCGGCGGAUCAUCCGCGUCGAGACGUGCCGCAUUUCUACGUUUUGGUUGACGCGGCAACCGCCACGUGCAGCAGCUGCUGCGUGGAUGAGGUGUCACCGUGCCACGUCAGCGCUGACUGUAUCGUCCACUACGGCCACGCGUGCAUGUCGCGCCGCCCGGCGAGGUUCCCCGUGCGGUACGUACUGCCACGUCAUCCCAUCGACGUGGCGGCGUGUGCUGCGGCAAUAAAAGCACACUUCAAGAGCAGCAGCGGCAGCAGCAGCCGCAAAAGCAGCAGCAGCAGCACCACCACCACCAAUAGCAACACCCCCGCAAGUACCGACGCCGAUUCUAGCGGAGAUUCCCCCCCGCGCGCGCCCCCCCGCGUGGUGCUGGUGCUGUUCGCGCUCGAGUUCGCGCACGCCGCGGACGACUUUGCGCUCGCUCUUGGGGAAAGCGGUGGAGCGGAAGCGGCGGAGGCAGAGGGGGAGGGGGAGGGGGAGGGGGAAGAAGUGCGGUAUGUGGUGGCGCAGGUGCGCGAGAGGGAGGUGGAACCGGAGGAAAGGGGGAAGAGUGGCGGUGCUGACACGUGUCGCGCCGUGAGUGGCGGGUGCUGUAGCGGCGGUGCCAGAGGGGAGACUGACAGAAGCGCGUGCUGUGGGGGAGCGACAGACAGGGGCACGUGUGGUGAAGAUAUUCCUUCCAAUGCUGCUGCUGCUGCUGCUGCUGCUGCUGCUGCUGCUGCUGCUGCUGCUGCUGCUGCUGAUGGUGGUACUGCAUCUUCAGUCGCUGCCACUAUCCAUUCUUCUGCCGCCCAGUGUGCCGCUCAGUGUGCCGCCCAGUGUGCCGCCCAGUGUGCCGCCCAGUGUGCCGCCCAGUGUGCCGCCCAGUGUGCCGCCCCUGGCACUCCUUUCGAACACGGCGGCCUGCGGUGGGUGCUGCCGCCCAGGUCAAGCAUGGCUGCAGAAGCUGGCAAAAGCAGCAACCCACACAGCAAAGAGGAUGCAACAACGGAAGCACCGGCAACAGUGGGGGUGACAGUGGUGGUGUGGGUGGGAAGCAGCGACGAAUGCCCGUCUCUCAUCACUCUCGCUCUAGAGCACAACCAGACACCCAUCCUCAGACUUGACCCCACCCAGCUACCUCCUGCUGCUGCUGCCGCUGCUGCUGAAGCGGCCACUGCUGAUACUAGCGCUGACAGCACCAGCACCACUGGCGAAACCCCUUCUCCUUCCCCAACCCCUACUCCCCCCAGCACCGCACCUCUCUUCCACCCGGUGGACCACUCCCGCCUGCUGCGCCGCCGCUACUUCCUCGUGGAAAAGACCAAAGACGCGUCUAUAAUCGGCAUCGUCGUCAUCUCCCAAUCCGCCGGCGCUGCUGCCGCCUCCACCCGCGCGACGGUCGCUGCGAUUCGAUCCGCGGCGGUGGCUGCAGGGAAGAAGGCGUACGUGAUUGCGAUCAGGCGGCGGAUCACGCCUGAGAAGCUUGCGAAUUUCCCCGAGUGUGACGUGCUGGUGCUGGUGGCGUGUGCGGAGGGGGUGCUGCUGGAUGGCAUGGGGCAGGGCAGCAGCGGGAGCGGUGGCAGCAGUGCGCUUUAUGCGCCGGUGGUGACGCCGUUUGAGGCGCUGAUGGCGCUGGAAGAGGGGCGGGAGUGGACGGGGGAGUAUCGGAUGCUGCUGCAUGGUGCUGGGGUGGGAGCUGGAGGAAGUGGAGCAGGGGUGAGGAAGGGAGAGGCAGGGUCAGGGGAAGAAAAUGGGGAAGAAGAUGGGGAUGGUGGGGAGGAUGUGGCUCCUCGAUUCUCCUUUGUGAAAGGAUCGCUGGUAUCCCAUGCCCCUCACAAGGUACCAUCGUCAGCAGCAACACCUUCAGCGCAAGCAGCAGCAGCUGAAUCAGAUCAAUCAGCAUUGGCCAUCCGGCAGGACAUGGCUCUGUCAGCUGUGCCUGUGUCGUCGGACUCCUUGGCCCUAGCUCGUGCGUCCGGCCAAUUGGGGUAUGCCACAUCAGCAGCGGUAGAGGCACGGUCUGGGUCGGAGUUCCUGGCGCUGCGGCGUGACUAUAAGGGGCUGGAGGUGCCCUGGUUCAUGGCUCCUGGUGGGACGCCGGGGGGGGCGUCUGGGGAAGGGGGAGGGGAUGCAAGAGGGACAGGGGAUGCGACAGGGGGAGGGGAUGAGGGAGGAAGGGAGGAUGGUGGAGGGGUGGGUGCUUUCAUGCCGAGAGUGGCUCCGGCUAUUGAUGCAGUGAGGGUGGUGGAGGGGAGGGAGGGCCGUGCUGCAGUGUAUGUGGAUGAACCGCAGAAGGGAUAG